AUUCUUAUAAUCAAAGCACAAAACCCAUAUCUCUCAUCUGACAGACUUGACAAGGGCUCUCAGAGCAGGCAGGUUUUCAAGGGGAAAUGGCUGGUUUCCUCUCAGACCUGGUUCAAUACCGGAAGCUGGUGCUAAUGAUUUUGGUACUAGGAAUUGGUGGGACCCACCUCUCUGGUUUUCAAAUGUCUGUGAUCAAUUAUACUUCUCCGUAUAUUCAGCAGUUUAUCAACGAAACUUGGCUGGAGCGCUACGGGUCUGUGCUGCAGCAGGAGACACUCACAUUCCUCUGGUCCUGCGUGGUGUCUGUGUACUGUGUAGGUGGGAUGCUGGGGUGUCUGUGUAGUGGUUACCUCGCUGCAAAAUAUGGAAAGAAGAAAAGUCUCCUGCUCAACGACGUGGUCCUGAUAAUAGCCACCCUGCUGACUGGCUUCAGUAGGAGAGCCAAGUCUUUUGAGAUGAUCCUAACCGGGCGCUUCCUCGAGGGCAUCGGUGCUGGAAUACAUAUGAAUGCCCAUGUUCAGUAUGCUGGAGAGAUCUCACCCAAGAAGUUGCGUGGAUUUGUAAAUGUGACCUCCUCUGUGUUUCUUGCACUAGGAAAAGCUGUAGCAAGAAUUCUUGGAUUACGGGAGAUGCUGGGCAGCCAGUCUCUGUGGCCCGUGCUGAUGGCCUCCUGUGGACUUCCAGCACUGGUCCAGCUGGUUGCUCUGCCCUUCUUCCCUGAGUCCCCACCCUACCUCCUCAUGCAUAAAGAGGACAUGGAAGGCUGCAAAAAAGCCAUAAGGCAGCUUUGGGGUGAAGGCCAUCACCAAGCAGAGAUUGAUGACAUCAUGAAAGAGAAGGCAACAAUGAAAAACACCAAGAUCUUGAGUGUCCUGGAGCUAAUCAAAGAACCAGCUUUCCGUUGGCAGCUGUAUAUGAUAGUUACUAUGACCGCCACAAUUCAGCUCUGUGGCAUCAAUGCAAUUUAUUUUUAUACUUUUGAAGUUCUCAAGGCAUCUGGUUUUGAUGAAAAUAUGAUCUCCUAUAUGACACUCUCCCUUGGACUCUCUGAACUCGUAGCUGCUGUGGUCUGUAGCUCCAUUAUUGAGCGACUGGGCAGGAAAGUGCUCCUGAGAGGAGGCUAUGGGAUCAUGGGCUCACUGCUAGCAGCCAUCACCGUGACUCUCUCCCUACAGGACUGGUAUUUCUGGAUGCCAUACUGCAGCCUGUGUCUGAUUGUCUUGUUUGCAGUGGUCUUUGCAGUUGGGCCAGCUGGUGCCACAAUUUCCGUUCGGGUGGAAAUCUUCAAGCUCUCCUGCAGACCCCCUGCCUUUGUGAUCAGUUCUGUCCUCAACUGGUUGGGUGUCUUUGUCAUUGGAACAUCUUUCCCAUUCAUUGUGGAAAAACUCAAGCACUUCUGCUUCCUCAUCUCCAUGGGGGUACUUUUCACUGCAGUGAUAAUUAUCCACCUGGUCCUUCCAGAAACAAAAGGAAAGUCAAUUGUGGAAAUCACAGACGAAUUCAAUAAGCUAAACUUCAAAAAGAAAUGUAUUCCAGCAGCUCCAAAUCAUGUCACAGAGGAUUAUAUCUUCUGCACCAGGUACCAGUCAGUGAGCAACAGGAAUCAGCUCUUUCAUAGGAGAUGGCAACCUUCUUCCCUGACCUGGUUGCUGCAGAUUGCAGACAAGGAAACUGAUUUCCCCCUUCCCCACAUCCAGGACUGCCAACCUGACAGAUACCUUUUAAAACUCUCUCCCCUUACUGCAAACAAAGUGGUGGAUUAUCACCCUUACACUAGCACUCAGUCUUGCUAUGGCACUGUAGCUGAUGAUUGCAUUUUAGCAGUUCAGUUCCGGGGUUUAUUUCAAAUGAUCUUAGUGCUGGGAAUUGGUGGUAGCUUCCCAUAUGGAUUCCACAUUUCUGUCAUCAACUACCCUUCCGUGCACAUCAGGAAGUUUAUGAAUGAAACCUGGAUAGAGAGACAUGGCUCUCCCCUCCAUCCUGAGACAAUCACACUGCUGUGGUCCUUCAUUGUGUCUGUUUAUGGAUUAGGAGGAUUCCUGGGAAGCCUCUGCUGUGGCUACCUGACUACAAAAUACAGGAAAAAAAAGUGCCAAAUGUGCACCAACCUGAUCAUGCUGGUAGCUGCACUUUUCAUGGCCUUCAGUAAAACAGCCAAAUCCUUUGAGAUGAUUUUCGUUGGACGUUUUCUCUAUGGCAUUGGUUCAGGGUUUUCUCUCAAUAUACAUCCUCAGUAUGUAGGAGAGAUUUCACCCAAGAAGCUCCGUGGAUUUACCAACUCCACAGUUGCUGUUUUUCUGACCCUGGGAAAACUCACAGGACAGGUUAUUGGACUACGGGAGAUUUUAGGAAGUGAAGCUUUGUGGCCAUGGUUGUUGGCAUCCAGUGGACUUUCAGCACUGGUUCAACUGGUUACUCUCCCAUUUUUCCCUGAUUCACCAUCCUACCUCCUGAUACAGAAGGGUAAUGAGGAAGCCUGCAGAAAAGCCAUCAGGAAGCUCUGGGGGGAGGGAGACCACCAAGCAGAAAUUGAUGACAUUAUGAAGGAGAAGGUUGUAAUGACGAGCACCAAAACCUUGCGUGUCCUGGAAGUAAUGAAAGAACCAUCUCUGCGCUGGCAGCUCUACAUUCUGAUGACUGUCAUGACCACCUUGCAGCUCUGUGGAAUCAAUGCAAUAUACUUCUAUUCUUUUGAAGUAUUCCACACAGCCAAGUUUGAAGAAUACCUUAUCCCAUAUGUGUCCCUGGGAGUUGGGUUGUGUGAAUUCUUAUCCUCUAUACUGUGUAGCACCCUCAUAGACCGAUUUGGGAGGAAGGUGCUGCUGUGGGGAGGAUACACACUGAUGUGUUCUGUGCUUGGGCUCCUUACCAUGACCCUGUCACUGCAGCAUCGUUUUUUCUGGAUGCAUUACUUCAGUGUUAUCUUGAUCUUCCUAUUCGUUAUCUUCUACGGAAUUGGACCAUCUGGAGCCACUGUAUCUAUCAUGGUUGAAAUCUUCAGCCAGUCAUUCAGACCCUCAGCCUUUUUGAUUGUUGGCUUCAUCAACUGGAUGGGACUGUUUGUACUUGGGAUGAUUUUUCCAUUGAUUGUUGAUAACCUUGGACCCUUCUGCUUUCUUAUCUUUUUUGGAAUCCUUGCCUUAUCAGCAAUUUUCAUCUACCUUUAUCUACCCGAGACCAAGGGAAAGUCAAUCAUGGAAAUAAAAGCAGAGUUCAACAAAAUGAACUUUGGGAAAAACAAAACUUCAGUCACUGAAAAUAACUUUCCUAAGGAACAGUCAUUCUGCACCAAACUCUGA